AUGAGCAGAGAAGACACUAUCGGUCUCAGCUUCUAGCAAGUGUAUGAUGCUUUUUAGAACGAUUUUCAUAGGACUCCUUAAAAGAAAAUAGUGGCAUUGAAGAACAGAAACACUCACCUUAAAUCCACUGUAGAGAGCAACAACAAUUCUCACACGUUUUCUAAUUCUAACUCAAAUUACUCCAAUUACAAAAGUUUAGACGAAGAAGAUCAAUUCAUCUGUGAUGAAUAAGAGCUUUCAUUGCAAUAAAACUAAUAGUUUUAAGUUAAGACUUCUUCUUGUAGCAACAACUUAGUAAAUAACACUGCUGUCUUCAGCUAUAAUUAAAGUCAUUUGAACAAAGAAAAGAUGUCUCCUUAUGACAUAGAAUUCGAUGUACUCGGUAACUCUUUGUAUGAAACUCUCUAGGAUUGUUUCACAAAGACAAGCACUUCCUCCAAACUUCAGUAAUAUGGUCUUUAAGGAAAUAUUACUAGCCAAUUCCCUUGUGCAGUACCUAUAGCAGCUAGGUUUGGCUUUGAGAGUUCUCUUGACAAUAUUUACAUUACUGAAGAAAACUUCGGUGAAUCAAUGGAGGAUGAAGACAAAGAGAAUAGAGACCCUCUAGAAAAUCCAGUAAUGGCUCAUUAAUAAUUCGAAGUUCUAGAGAUGAAUAACAAUUUUGUGAGCAGGUAAUUGUCAGAAGAAGAUUAAUUAAAGAGCGAGAUCCAAGAAGAGAAUGACAAUGAAGGUGAAAGUUAGCAUGCUGAUUUAAAAAACAAGUGCCAACAAAAAGAAGAAGUUUCACCAUUCCACUAUCAAAAAGCUUUCUCUUAAAAGGAAGCUGAUGUGAAUGAAGAUGCAUUUGAUAUUGAAGAAAAUGAUUAAAUUCACUAAUGCUUCAAUCAAAAGAGUGCUCAUAAUAAUAAAAGAUAAAAUGUAUUUGAGUAAAACUUGAUGACACCCUCAAACGAAAACCACCACAAACAAUCUCUUGAAUGUCUGUAAAUGGAUUAAGACGAAGUAUUUUACUCUCAAAAAAAUACAGAAUUCGAUUUUAAUCUAGCUUCUUAAAUUUCAUCAAACGAAAGCAAAGAAAAAUCCAUUAUUUAUAGACAACAUAACACAAAAGAAGUAGGAACUUAAAAUAAUUAAUCAGAAUAAAGCGAACAUGUUGUAAAAUUCAAAAACUAGCUCGAAACAAUUGUUGAUUUUGAGCCAAACACAACACAGUAUUCUGAUUCCACAAACGGAUUUUAAAACCUUUCAAAUUUAUACGAAAAUAAUAACGAUGAAGGCAAUAAAAAUGUUAAUUUUAACAGCAUUAAUAAUAUUAAUAAUUCUAUAAACUCAAACAACAACAGUAUCUAUUAAUAAACUCUGCUAUAGAGCGCAUCAUAGACCAAUCAUACUUUUAGGAAUCAAUAAGUCUAGCAAUCUUCUACAAAUAGAACUCCUCUGAGAGAUAUAACUUCUUCUUCUAUUUCCUCUUCCAAGAAAAACUAUUAAGGAAUCAAGAAAAUGCUUGAGUUCAGUUCUCCAAUGAUAAAUAACUGGGAUUUAAAGGUUUCUUAGAAAUAAAAGAAUCUGUCAUCAAAAUAAAAGAACUCAGGUUCUUCUAAAAAAAGCAAAUGCACUCCUGCAAUCUUCUGUAGAUGA